CGGCUCCUAGUGAAAGCUGGGAUGAUGAUUUCGUUCUGGAUAAUAACGAAAUAAAUGUUCCUAAUUCGGUUGAAAAAUCUCAAUUAUCUUUGAGAAUGGAUAUAUCUAAUAUUCGCGACUUUGCCUCUCAAGUCGAAGAAUUGAAAUUAUUACAUCAUAAAAAAUUGAAUUUUACGUCAUUGAUUCAAUCCAGAAUGAUUAGAAAAAAAUGGAAAUCUGGCUCCACUAGAUCAACAAUUAAAAAAUAUAAAGAUCUAGAAAAUUUAUUUAAACAAGAUUGGGAAGAAGCAACUGUAAUAAUUGAUCUUUCUGAUGUGGCUCAGGAUAAGCCAUCAACUUCUAAUGAUAAUGAAAGUGUUAAAGUCGAUAUCGAUAGAAUACCUUCGGAGCGACAUGUACAAGUAUUUAAAAAGAUUAUAGUAGAAGAAUUAGGUGAAGAUGCUCGAGGUGUUAUAAUUAUGGAUGACGAUAAAGAAAAUCAUUACGAUAAUAUUGGUUCUGAUUUAGCUUCCAGCAGCGCUGGAAACGCUCGAGCCAAAAAGCAAAAAUUAGAAAAUGGUGAAAGUAGCAGUAAUGGUGGAUGUAAUAGAGGAAGUACAAGACGAAAAGAGAACUUUAGAAUAGGUGUUGAAGUAAUGCCAAGUUUAAUCGGUCAUUUGAAAAAGUUACAAAAUCGAUUAUCAGCGCACUUGGAUGAACUAGGAACUUUGGUACAUG